AUGGCCAAGAAGGCGCUGCCAAAGGACCAGAUCGUCAAGCUCAUCGUCGGCGCGGGGCAGGCCUCGCCCUCGCCGCCCGUCGGUCCCGCCCUGGGUUCCAAGGGCGUGAAGAGCAUGGAUUUCUGCAAGGAAUUCAACGCCCGCACCCAAAACUACACGGUCGGCACGCCCAUCCCGGCGCGCGUCACCGUCCGCCCAGACCGCUCCUUCACGUUCGAGCUGCGCACCCCGCCCACGACGUCGCUCCUGCUCGCCGCCGCGGGCGUCAAGCCCGGCAAGAACAACCGCGCGCGCGGCGCCGGCAACGUGCCUGGGCCGCGCAAUAACGCCGAGGGGAACGCGGGGCGCGCGGGCGCGAAGGCAGGGAAUGAGGUGCGCGGGAAUAGCCAUGUCGGCACGGUGGGCACGGUCAGUCUCAAGCAUGUGUACGAGAUAGCGCGGAUUAAGCAGCAGGAGCCGCGGCUGAGGGGCGUGGCGUUGCAGGCGCUGUGUAAGAGCGUCGUGGCGCAGGCGGCGAGCUGUGGCGUUGUUGUUGUGCCGUAG